AUGCCGCCCCGCGCCCUGCGCCGCGCCGCCGCCGCCGCUCCGCUCCACCCGACCCGCUCGGCGCUCCGGAGCCCCACCCCGCCCGCCGCCCAUUGGCUGCCCGCGGAGCCGCCUCCCGCCCCCCGGCCCCGGCCCCCGCCCCCCUCUCCCGCCCGCCGCCCGGCCGGGCCGCCCAGAGCUCUCCAUUGGGCGUCGCUCUCGGGGUCCCGCGCGCCGGCCGUGCUGAUUGGCCGCUGGGGCUUCAUUCACGGCCCCCCUACCGUCCGCGUACACACUCACGCCCCGGGGGCGCGGCCGCCACGUGGGGAGUGGCGCGGGGGUGGCCCUGGGACCGCACCCCCUCUCGUCCUGGCUGUGUGGGCCCAGCUUUCCCCCAGCGCUGGAGACUCCGAGCCCGGCCGGUCCCACAUUCCACGCGAGUUGAAUUCCCGCCCGCAUCCCGCCCGGGCAGCCGAGACUGCGGGCUCCGGGAGGCGCUCGGGCUCCGGGAGGCGCUCGGGCUCCGAGAAGCGGCUCAGCCCCGCGCCCCUCCCUCCGCAGUACCGCUGCGGGCGGACCAGGAUUCCCGCGGGUCCUGGCGGCUGCGAGCGAGAGGCGGCGCGGAUUCCCGGCUCGGUUCUGGCGCGACUGCUCACCGCGCCCGCCCGCCUCUCCUCCCGCGGCUGCCAGCGUGCACCGGGCGCUCUUCGGCGCGUCUGCCCGGCCCGUCUCGGCUUUCCUUUUCUUCCCUCCAGUCCCAGAGUCGCAACUCCGCCAACCUCUGCUGCCCUGAGAGCGCGUCCGGCGCGGGCGGAGUCGGACGGACUCGGGCUUCACGCCUCGCGCGGGCACCCCUUCUCCCGGGCACUGCGGCCCAGCUUGAACGGCUCAUCGGCUGUGGUCAUGGUGGGGUCACCCCCGGGAGAGGAGAGGAGAAGGAUGGACUCAGGGAAGGGCCGCGGGCACUCCAGAAAUCCGGCGUUGCAGGCCGGGAGCUGUCCAGCCUCGCCAGGAACCCCCGGCUGGAGUUUCCCCGGACUUGCCUGGAGCUGCUGAAAAGGGAAUUGAGAGGAAGGAGACCUUGUUGGAAAGGUGGACAGUGGAAUUCAGCUACCUUCUCACGCCCCAGCCCUUGAGGACCCCCUGAAGGAUCUUGAGUGGAGUUGGACCUCACUGCAGUUCCUCUGUGCCUCCUUACCCGACCUUGGGCCCCAGGCUGAGGGGACUGAGCUGUGUUCUCUCCUCUACCCCGCACCGAGGCUUGGGUCCCAGGGAGUCUUCAGCUGCCAGUCUUCCCACUGUUCUCUCCUGGAUCUUGCCUCAAGUGGAUUUAUAGCU